GACGGCAAGGACGGGCCGCCAUAAUUGAUCUAUUUUCGGACGAUAAUUUCAUUAUGCCGGCCAUCGCUACAGCUCGAGUCCAUGAGCGAAUGGAACCAGCCUCCAGGACAUUUCUGUAUUACUUUGACUACAUCAGUUCGGUUGGUAUGUCAAAAUUUCGCCCAGAGAAAGCAGCACAUAGAGCAGAACAAGGCAUGCUGUUUGGACCAUUCGUAAACGACUCAUCAAUGCUACCCACUAAAUUGACAGGCGUGGAUGCCCAAGUCCAUUUUGCGUUGCUCACGUACUGGACAAACUUUGCAAAAUAUGGGAACCCAAGUGGUGAUGGAACUACGGCAACAAAAACCCGCACCGCGUUUCCCGAAUGGCCCGAGUUCACUGUGGACAAGCAGCAAUACAUGAACAUCGCCGCCAACAGCACCUCAGUACUACUCACAGUCAAGAAAGACUUGCGAGCCAAAGCAGCCGCCUUCUGGUUGGAUUACAUACCAUACCUAGCCAACCAGACCUGCCCAGUGUUCAGUGUCGUAUGCCCUUCGUGUCCCCCGAUCAUGGAUCAGUAUAUCAGCUAUCUCCGCCUGACUGUCGGUCAAGCUCAUGUUGUAAUCAUCAUCGUAUUCGCUGCAACACUCGCUUUCUUUACUUUCGUUGGUCUUAUCCUGCUCAUCUGCUACAUCAAACUGAGGAAGGAACUGUUGAGGCAGAAAUAAUCAUCAUAUACUCAUGAAUUCGAAAGAACCGCAUCUAAUGCAUGAACGUAUGUGUCUCAGAAGUAUCUAGAGGUCUAGAAAUCGCCUGCCGUAUUGGACAUUGCCGUAGACUGAAUAUGCACAUGUGAUCAAUACAGUUACGUCUUUGCCUUCGCCUGAUGCUAAUGAGUGGCAAUAGUCAAUAAAUGGUAGACUGGUACUCAUGCUCUUUGCAAGUUUCAUAGGUGAGACUUUGGUAGAAAUAGUAUUCGCCAAUGUUCACUUAGUUCGUGUUCAUUGUUAAAAUGAUUUCAAUAAGAACGGACUCGCCCAGUAGCAUGUCACUAUCACGCAAGAUACAAAUAUAACAUAAAUCAUGCAGUUGUUGUUUAGCUCGAGUACCUCAAAUUGUGCAUUUUUCUGGAUAUACAUUUAUGGCGAAUAUCUAUGGCAUAACAUCUGACCCAUAUAACUCGUUUUCAUCAAUAAACAACCGGAUUAACUUUAUGACUCCUGUCAGUCUUUACAAUAGAUAUCUCAACUUGAAUAAUACACGUAAAGCCCACAUUAAUAAUGCGCUUCACAUGAGAGCGGUUUUAUUCAG